AUGAAGAUAGUACCAACUGUAAGUAGUUUUAAUGUAACAGGUUGUGUUAAAAAUGUUACACCAUGGUUACAAACAUCAGUUGAUAUUAUAACUCCUGUUGCUGAAUGUUCUAAAACAUUAGAUCAACCAAUUGCUUCAAAUUAUUGCAUCCCUUAUGUUGAUAACCAUAAUAAAUUCCAAGUAACUAAUAACACACCUUUAUCAAUAGAAAAUAAUACAACACAGAAUUUAAGUUUAAGUGAUAAAUUACGAUCAUUUAUUGUAAAAUAUAAAGUAUCACAUAAUUGUUGUAAUAGUUUACUUCAAAUAUUACGAAGUGAAGGCCUAGAAGUCCCGAAAGAUGUGAGGACAUUGAUGAAAACACCUAAAAAUCAUGAAAUUGUUGCGGUUUCUGGUGGCUCGUAUGUACAUUUAGGUAUUAAAAAUAUGCUACUACCUUUUUUAAGCAAGCAUAAUGCACAAGUAUAUAUCACACCUCACAUUUUAAAAAUAGGCAUAAAUAUUGAUGGACUUCCCAUAGCCAAAAGUUCCAAGAGCCAACUGUGGCCCAUAUUGAUUUCAGUUAUUAAUUUUAAAGAAUUACGAAAUCAUGUGAUUCCUAUAGGCAUUUUUCAUGGGUUUCAGAAACCCCAUUCGAUUGAAGAAUUCCUUAAUCCAUUUAUUAUUGAUUUACUAGAGAUUAUAGAUAAUGGUUUAACCGUAAAUGAUACAUUAUUUACCUUGGAAAUAUCUAAUAUAUCCUGUGAUGCUCCGGCAAAGGCCUUUUUACUUAAUGUCAAAAGUCAUAAUGCUUAUUUUGGAUGUACAUCUUGCACUGAAGAAGGGACAUACCUUGAGCACCGUAUGACAUACCCUGGUUUAGAUACACCAUUGAGGACCAAUGAGACUUUUAGAAAUAAGACUGAUGAUGAUUAUCACAAAGGUGACAGUCCAUUGAUACGCCUACCAAUUAAUAUAGUAGAAAUUGUUGUAUUAGAUUACAUGCACAAUGUAUGUCUGGGUGUCGUUAAACGGUUAAUAGAAAUGUGGGUUAAAGGCAAUAAACAAGUGCGAUUAGAAAAGGUGAAAAAAGAAAAGAUAAACUUUGAAUUAAAUAAUUUAAAACAUAUAUGCAAUUAA